AAACACAAGACUGAACUAUAAGAGUCCCAACUGUCACAUGACCCAUCUUUGAAAAUCCAAUCUUCCUCUUCUUCUUCCCUUCUCUGCUCUGUCUUUUUACUUUCUGACACUUCCUUCCUCAUCUCUCUCUCUCUCUCUCUUCACCAUGAAACUUCCGUUACCGUUACUCCUCCUUCUCCUCCUCUCCUCAGCCACUAUCUCCGCCGCUCCUUCCCUAUCUCCCUCCCCUUCUCCAACCAUCUCCCCCGUCCCACGCAUCUCCCCCACUCCCCCUCGCACAUCCUCCUCAUCCCCACUCGACCCAAAACAGCUCAAAGCCCUCGAAUCCCUCAACAUCCCCACCGUCAAAAACCCCUGCGACCACCACCCCCUCUCCUCCUCCAAAAAACCCCCCACCACCGUCGUAACCUGCGACGGCGGCUCCCCAUUCCGCCUCGUCACCUCCCUCUCCUUCACAAACUGCUCCUCCGAUCUCUCCAUCUCCUCCACAGCCCUCAAAGCCCUCUCCCCCUCCCUCACCUCCCUCUCUUUCCACAACUGCCCCUCCCUCUCCCCACCGCCUCACCUCCCGGACUCGCUCCACUCCUUCUCCGCCGUCUCCUCCUUCCCCCGCCUUUCGGGACUCUCCCUCGCUCGCCUCGUUAACCUCACCGACCUCACCGUCUCCUCCGUCCCCGUCUCCACCUCGGGGCUAUUCGUCGUCCUCGGGAACAUGCACGACAUCGUCUCCCUCACCAUCUCCCACGCCAAUCUCUCCGGGAACAUCCCCAAGACGUUCCACUCCAACCUCACAUUCAUCGAUUUAUCGGAUAAUCUCAUCAAAGGCUCCAUACCCACUUCGAUUACUCUCCUCUCCAGCCUCAAAGCUUUAAACUUGUCGUCGAACUCGAUCUCCGGCGAGAUACCCGACAGCAUCGGCGACCUAAUCUCGUUAAAGAACCUGUCUUUAUCCUCAAACAAGCUGUCGGGACCGAUCCCUGACUCGAUCUCGUCGAUACCUUACUUAACCCACUUAGAUCUGAGCGGAAACCAGCUAAACGGCACCGUUCCGAGGUUCAUCGCCAAGAUGAAGAGUCUCAAGUACUUGAAUCUCGCUAACAAUGCCUUCCACGGAGUCCUUCCUUUCAAUGCUAGCUUCCUGAAGAAGCUUGAGGUGUUUAAAGUGGGAGGAAACAGUGAUCUCUGUUACAACCACACUCUGCUGUCGUCGAAGAUGAAGUUAGGUAUUGCUCCUUGUGAUAAGCACGGUUUGCCGUUGUCUCCGCCGCCGCGGAAGGAAGAUUCGAGUUCAGAUGAUGAUUACAGUGAAGAUGAUAGUAGUGAGAAGAAGAAGGAAGAGCAUCACGGUCCUAAUAAGGUUGUGCUUGGUGUUGCUAUUGGACUGUCUUCGCUUGUGUUCUUGAUCAUCUUCAUGAUCCUUCUCGCAAAAUGGUGUGGCUGAUUCAAGAGAAGAUAAGGCCCUUGUUAUUGUUUCUUCUCAUUCGUUACUGAUACAGAAACAAAGUAUAGUAAAAAAAAAAAAAGCUCUACUCUUUGGAGAGUGGUUAUUAGGGUUGAAGAAGAAGAGGAUAGUGAAUCCAAACCGGUUCUCCAGCACUAAUCCCGGUUUAGUUUAUUCUUUUUUUUUUGCUGUUUUAUUUUGAUUCAACAUUUGAGAGUUGUAAUUUUGGGUUGUAUUAUUUUGUUCUGAUUAUUGAAUUAUUUCUUCAACAAACAUUGUUGUUGUUCAUUA